AUGCCCAGGUACCAGGACCUGGUCACUCUGAACCGGUUAGAUGAAAUCUUGAUCCCUAAGACCGAGAACCCAGUGGCACGAGUUAUCGCGGUGACCACUCGAGCUGGUCGAGCUGGUCGAGCAAGACCACCGGCGAGUGUCAUGGAAGAGGGUUUGAUCCGCGAAAUCCUAGUCAAUCGGAUCAAGCAGGCCCAAGAGGAGGAAGUCUGGAUCGCCGGCAUGAAGAAGUAUCUGAGUGGCUCGAUCGCGGAUUUCACCCAAGCGGAAGCAAGAUCGUAUGGCAAGAUCGCAGCUGACUACGAGGUGGACGAGCAGGAUCUACUCUUUUACUGCCCCCCGACGUCGAGAUCGGGAGACGAUCGCGACCGAUUGAUGAGAUUGGUUGUUCCCGAUACGCACCACGUUGGAAGGAGGACAUCAGGGAGGAAAGGAAAACCGGUGAUCCGAGGUGAAUCACCGGGGAACUUGCAGGCGACGUAUCAGUUCCAGUUCAUUGCGAUGGAUCACAUACCGUUCGCUACCCAGAUCUCACAAGGGAACACUGAGUUAUUGAUCUGGGUCGAUCUGUUCACAGGAUAUGUGAUCGCGAAAGCCAGCUCGUCUCGAUCGGCCCAGACGGUUGCGGAAUCGUACGAAGAGUGUGUAUUUCGGCGAUUUGGUGCCAGUGAGAUGAUCCGGCAUGAUCGAGAACCAGGCUUCAUGUCCGAUUUCUUCCGGGCGUUUAACAAGAUCCUGGGACAAUGGCAGCGGGCGACGAUGGCAUAUCGACCACAAGCCAACGGGACUACAGAAAGGAUGGUACAAACGGCGACCAGGGCACUCAAGAUGUAUGUUCGUGGUCUGGAUCAGAAGGAUUGGGACGAGUAUGCUGAGCGGCUUACCUUCGCGAUCAACACGGCUCACGAUCGGAUCCGAGGAGAUACCCCUCACUACGUUGUGAAUGGGUGGGAUCCGAGAUCGACAUUGGAGGCUACACUGCCAUCCCGAGAACAGGUCAAUGCCAGAUUGAAGGAGGCCAUUGCAGAUCGGGCCAGCCGACACAACGAGGACGUCGGAUCGCACCAGAUCGAGGGCGGAUCUCGCAUCUGGUUAUACUUAGAUCGGGUGAAGGAGGGAUACGCGCGGAAAUUGGCCCACCUGUGGCACGGUCCGUUCCGAGUCGCCGAAAAGAUCAACGAAUUCAGUGAAUUCAGCGUCAAGCUCGAGAUCGCAGGUACCGGGUACCAGAUCUUCCCAGUAGUGCACGUGUCGAAGUUGAAAUUGGUCAAGGAUUUUCCGGAUCGGCCGCGAGUUGAACUUACGGUGGAUGAGGCGGAUCGUCUCGAUUUCGAUGAGAUCCUGCUUCCGGAGGACAGUUGGGUCCCGGAUCUCGGAGCCGAUGAGUACGAAGUAGAGCGGAUCUCUGAUGUGCGGAGUGGGAAGAAGACGCGAUUUGGUCGGAUCUACCAAGAAUUCCUGGUGCAUUGGGCAGGAUAUGAUGAGCGAACCUGGGUAGACGAAGCCGAUCUCAACUGCGGGGCGAUAUUGAACGCCUUCCUGCGAGAACGGGCUAAUCAAAACCGCUUCAAUGUGAUGCAAUCACAUGAGGAGAUGUAA